CCCCGACCACCCGGAGAUAGGUGAGACCAGGCCGGUCGGUUAUGACAAGCUGGUGCCCGGUGAGUCGUGGUAUGACUUCACCAGGUCUCGCCGCGGGCUGUGGAGCCUCAGCCUGGUCUCGCGAGACUUUGCGGCUAUCGCCCGCCCACUGCUGUACCGCGUGGUCGCCAUCCUGGACGAGGAGGGCCUUCUCCUAUUCCUGAGGACUCUGACUAGCCGGCUUGAGUUUGGCUACUGGACCCGAUACCUUUCCUGUCAUAUGACCUUGACGCGCGACUCGGUCGUGCGGGAGACGCGGAGAUGCUUCGGGAGACUCCUGCGGACCUUCGACACGCUCGCCCCCGGCCUCAGUUCGGGGAGCCCCAUAGGCCGGGCGCUUUCGAUCAUGGUUCUCGCGCUCCCCGUUCUCAGUACUCAUGCCGGUGAUUUCGACGGCGUUCCCCAGGUCUUGUUGUUCUUCGUCCUCACACUCCUCAAGAGGCUCGAGACUCUUAUGCUCCAGCUGCCCAUAUGUGACGACCAUCCCGAGUACACGGUCCUGUUUGAGAAGCUUGCCAAAAGCCAGGAAUCCGAAGGGGGCUCAGAAGACGAACUUCCGUUCCAGAAUAUCAAGACUCUUCUCCUGCAAGGCGACCCCGAGCUUCUCGAGCACUUCGAAAGCGACGAUUGCAGCUGUGAGGUCCCCGAAGUCUGGGGCUGCCAGGCUCGUGAUUACUGGCCGGUCUACGACGCCUUCCCCAACCUGAACAGGAUCCAGCACCUCUACCUCCACAACAGCAUCGCGUGCCCCAGAAACCUCAACCAGGUCUUGAAGAACGCGCCGUCCCUCCGGACGCUGUACAUGACUCCCCGACGGGAAGACGACUUCGACCACGGACCUGGAGGGGACCUGACACACGCCCAUCCCGAGGCCCUGGACGUAGCACUUCUCGAGCGGCCCAAGAAGUUGAGGCACCUCGACGUGGCGUGGUUCGACUGCCGCGGAUACGAGUCGCUCAUCGGGCCGGAGGGGCGCUUGUCCGCGAUUGCGGAACUGGUCCAUCUGGAAAAACUGUGCAUCCAGCUCUGCGUCCUCUACGGGAACAGUCCCGCCAACCUUCUCACCCCGCUUGUUGACCUGUUGCCCCCGUCCCUCGUGGAGCUCGCGCUGGAGGAAUGGUGGUGGGAUGAUGUCGACACCUACGAUGACAUGGAAGACUGGAUAGCCACGGAGAAGGUGGUUCACUACCAGGGGAAGCAGGAAUACCGAGCCAAGGCUGUGGGGAUACUAGAGAAGUUUGCGCUAGCUUGUCCGGGAAGGCUACCAAAGCUGCGAAAGGUGUCCUUCCUGACCAAGAUCCCCUGGACGUGGACUCUGGAGGGAUAUGUGACGAUGCAGAGCCAUUUUGACGGGGUAAAAGGCCUGCUUGAAGGACAUGGGGUAGAGUUUCUGGUGGACGAGGUCUGAGAUGUUAAUUUAUGUUGUGUGGUUUCCCCGGGAUGGUCGGGCGGCAUAUUCAUUGCAUGGAGCCUUUUGUGGCGCA